AGUGGAAUCCCCCAUACGCAGAAUGGACCUUGCACAAUAAAUUAUUACAGAAAAAGAAGCUGUCAAAGAUUGGCCAUGAAGGAAUUCGAAGCCAUCGGCGACGAGCUAAAGGCUCUUUUGUCGCAGCAUUUCCAAGUUGUUGCCACCCACUCUCAACGUCAAGAUCAAUGGUACAAACGCUCUUAUCAAUCCUUCACAGCAGAAAAUGGUAACCGUGAACCACUUAUUCUUGUGCCACGCGAAUCCCGAGAAGAAUGGGUUCCCCACGUACGACGUUUCGCAAUAACUCUGGCUGCUCGAGUGAUAGCUGCGGGCGAGGCCCAGACUUCUCAACCAAGAGUUGAUACCUCAGAGUCGAAACUUUUCUCGGACAGAGUUCUCGACGCGAUCCAUGUCCAACCUCUUAGUCGAGCUGUCAGGGGGAAGGGACAGCUGCGACCAGUUGCGAUGCAGAUCACGCGGUGGACUUCUACGAAUGGAUAUGUAUUCAGCGGCACUGAGCGGAUCACGGGCAUCAAAGGACUCAUCGCAUGUGGAGAAGUCGAUGUACUGCUCCAAUUGGCAACGCUGCCACAGACACAUCCACCGAAAGAACGUGAGAUAGAUGCUUCGCGGUGGAGAUACCUGAACAGAGACUGGCAGGAUGUCAUCGAUGCUAUCCUUUCGAUCAUGUGGUUUCUCGGAGCUAUAGAGUCCUUUCCCCAAGACUUCGUCUCUGAAGAUGGUUAUAAGUACUGGGUCCCCAUAGUAUUCCACAAUUAUCUUUCGCGAUUCCAGCCAUAUAUCGAAGCCCAUGACGGCAAGAUACCAAGCACGGCCGAGGCAAUACAGAAUGAGAUAUCUCAAUGCAUCAAGGCUCUGGUUGCAGGUCAAGCUUUCUCCUCCAAGGCUGGUUUCGACCCCAUACAGUGGGAAGACCGCAUCACGGACAACUUUCUGUACAUUCUAGGGUUUGAGGCCUGGAAUCGAAGCAGAGAAGGGGCAGGCUAUCUGAACUGUGAUCUGAAUGUCACCAAGACUGCAAAGUCGCUUCGCAGUAUCAGCAAUAGUGGUGAAGAUAAUGAUUUUACAGAACAGAUGACUCAGGGCAAUAAAGGGGCUGCUGCAAAGCCCAAAGACCCUCUCAAGCUGAGGGAACCGAAGAAGGAGAUGGCUCCUGAAGUGGACGAGGAGGAGGAACAGGAAAUGGAGGAAUUGGCUGUUCUGGAGACUAACGAGAAGGACUAUGGACGGAAGAGAAGUAUGAAGUAUAUGACGAAGCACAAGGAUUAAUUCAUGACUCUGUGUUGCUAAGUUCUGUGCGAUACUAUUAGCCCCAGCCGAACCUGCUUGAAAAGUACGAUUCAACCGAGUGUCAAGAAGCUCAGUUAAAGCGAGGGUUUACCAGCCACCAAAUUGGGUAUUAUUGUGGCUUAUACAUGCGCC